GCAAGCAUCGGCGAGAGGGCGUGCACUCGGGCGCUCGAGCGACGAGUACUUAAGAAGCGCGCCCGGCCGUGACCCAUCUUUCCUUCCAACAACAACACAUCACCACCAUGGCCCCCACCCGCACCAACGGCCCAGUGAUCGUCCUCGGCGCCGGCGUGAUCGGGCUCACGACCGCCGUGCGCCUGCUCGAGGCGGACCCGAGCUUGGACGUCCAUAUCCUCGCGGACCACUUCCCCUCCGACACCCUGGACGCCAACUACGCCAGCACGAUCGCCGGGGCGCACCACCUCAGCUUUGCGGACGACGGGGACGCGCGCCAGCGCCGGUGGGACAUGCGCACUUUCAACGUUCUGUACGACGAGUGGAAGCGUGUCGGCGAGACAUCCGGCCUCAUGGUCCUCACGCAGACUGAGAUGUGGGAGGGCGCGACGGCUCAUCUGGCGAUUUAUGAAGAACACCCCGACUUCCGCAUGCUCGACCCAGCCACCGCGCAGUGUGCCGACAUCUCGCACAUGGUGUCCUUCACGAGCUUGACCAUCGCGCCGGCACUGUACCUCGCCUCGCUGGAAGCCCGCGUGCGUGCGCUCGGCGCGAAGCUGCACCGCGCGCAUGUGCCCUCGCUCGUCGCGCUGCGCACCGACCCGGGCCUGCUGGCACUGUACGGCAACCCACCAUCGUCCGUAUUCCUCUGUGCAGGCCUCGGUGCGCGUCACCUCGUGUCGCCGUCCGAGGCCGCCGCGCUCUUCCCUACCCGGGGCCAGGUCGUCGUCGUGCGCGCGCCGUGGAUGCGGAGCGGGUACACUCGCCAGGUGGGCGCGCUGGGCGGCGGCGAGGGCGGUACACGCACGUACGUCAUUCCACGGUGUACCGGCGAAGUCGUGCUCGGUGGGACGAUGGAGAAGCGCGACUGGACGCCGUACCCGCGCGAAGAGACCGCAGAGGACAUCCUCCAGCGCGCGCUCCAGAUCUGCCCCGACAUUGCGCCGCCGUACGCACGUACUUGGGGCGAGGGGGAGCAGGUGGCCGCCCUCCGUUCCAUUGUUGUCCGGCACGCGGUCGGCUUCCGGCCGAGCCGCGACGGCGGGGCCCGCGUCGCGCUCGGCUCGGCGGCCGGCAUGCGCGUGGUCUACAACUAUGGCCAUGGGGGCGCGGGGUGGCAGAGCUGCUGGGGCUGUGCAGAGGACGCUGUGGCGCUGUGGGCGGCGGGGAGUGCGCGGCUGUAG